CAAGAUGCAGGACAGGACGAAGAAGUGUGGAGCUCAGCUGCAGGAGAGAGGUUUGUCCAGGAAGAGCACCACCUACCUGGCCAAGAUCGCUGUCGUCCUCCAGGCUGCUCCAGGCAAGAUGCUCACUUUUACUCAGUUGAUGGACAGGCUGGCACCACUCAUCUGUGAAGACAGCAAAUCAGUUGAGAACAACAUCAGAGUCUGUUUGUCAACCCACUCGUGUUUUGUCAAGAUUCCACUGGUCCCAGAUUCAUUUCACAGUAAGAGGAACUACUGGAAACUGGACUCCAGUCAGAUCACUGUGAAGAUGGUGCGUCGUCACUUCAAAGGAAUCCUGCAGCUCUUCCCUGAGUUGGCCUGCCAAGUGGAAACGGAGCGCAGGAGCAGACAGUCGAAGCCCUGCUCCCCUCUCCCCUCUCCUGACCCUGCGGCCUGCAAAGCUGUUCAGAUCCGAUGCGAGGCAAAGUUCAGCAGUCCUUUCUCCAUCGAGUCCCUCCUGAAGAGGGACAGUCCCUCGGCCCGGCCCUCCAGACCUUCUCCUCUCUCCAGUGUGCCGGUCAGAGCGGAGCAGCAGCUCGGACAAGUCAGGACAAAGAGGAGCCUCAGCUGGGACUAUGAGGAGCCUCUUCUCCUUCAGGCCUCAGCUGGAGGUUCCCCCGUCUACACAAGAGCAACUCCUUAUUUCACCAACCCACCCGGCAGUUACAUCACUUACUCUGUGUCUGCUUUUACCCACGAUUCUCUUCAUUUGUGGCUGUAAUAUGUUGUAGCCCUGAGAUGGCAGCUUUCUGGAGCACUUUAUACUUUCAAUAAAAAAAAACUAAAAACCACAGUUUCUCUG